GACUUCACCUCCUCGACACAUACAGCAUUUCGCACCAGAAUCCAGGAGUGAUUCACCUCUCACGAUCUCCGCCGCCUUUUGAAGGCGUGUGAGCGGCCACUAUUCCGCUUUCUCACUUACGCCCCAGCAGCGCGCGCGCAUCUCCCCGCCAAGCUGCCAGACCACCCCGCCGAAGAGUGAAUGUCUUCAGCAUAGCGGCACCCACCACCACUUCCCUCCUCCUGCCUCACGGGCCGUCGCGAGCACACAGCGCACACUGUCCGUAGAUCUGAAAGAACAAAAGGAACUCCCGUGGGCCGAUCGAUCAUGGACACCUCUGCCGGGCAAUCGUGGGCGAGAGCGGGCGAGCAGCAGAUCGAUACGAUGACAGACAUACCCACCGACUUGGACGACUUGGGCAAUCUUUUCGAAUUUGGCGACAUCGAUUUGAACAACAUUUCAUCCAUGGAUGCGACUCAAUUCGAUCAUCAACUUUCCGGGACCCAUCCGAGCACGCCCUACGAUGAACUGUCGGAGCUCCAGGCCAUGUCCGCAACAGCGGCACACGACUUUGGCGCACAAGGCCGCUUUAGUCUCGGGCAGAACGUCGGCCAUGGACAGACUCAGACUCACUUCAACCAUCAAGUCCAGACGAGUGCCCCAUUCACCUCCGAGCCGCUGUAUCAACCGUCGAUGCAGCAACAGUUCAACUCUCUGCAGCAACAGCUCCAAUUUGCGGGAAUGCCAUCGUAUCCGUCCAGCCAGCACGUACCUCCUACGCCUAACAGUUUCGAAAUGCACGGCGAGGCUGAAAUCCAGAGUACAUUCACCCCGAUGGUCUCCCCGGCGGGCACACCUCAUUACAACGUGCAGCCUGAAUUCACAAUCCCGGGCGCCUACUUUUCACCCUUGACAUCGCCAAUGCUGCACGCGCAAAAUCAUCAGCACGCAUCUCAGCAACUUCAACAAGGCUUCUACACAAAUCCGAACACGGCACCAAAUUCUACUGUUUCGUCUCCUCUUGACCCUACUGCGGAUGUAGACAUGCUGGGGGAGCAAGUAGCAUCCUCCGAGACUCUCAACGCCAACGGCAGGAAACCUCCUCGCAGAAAGGUGGCCACUCCUCGGAGCGUGGGACCGCUUGCGAGGGUGAAGCAAAGCCCGAUUCAAAAAGCGACCAAGCGCCGAUCUACCACCGUGCUUUCUCUCGCCACCCCCAAGGAGGUAGAUCAGACCCUCGAGGGCAGAACUGCAACGCAGACAACAAACAGGAUGCAUGUCCGACCGAACGAUAGCUCAGAGAACGGAAGCAUUAGCCCGGAACCUUUGAGCGAAGCGCUGAUGGGUCCACCGCCGAGGCCGGGCUCAGCUUCGACAAAGUCUCCGUCGAUCUCCGCGUUACGGCAGCAGGGGACACCUGCGGCGACUCCCAAAUCGUUGCUGUCUCGACGUUCCAGCUCACAAGAUGCUGUUGGGCAGAACUUGAAGCGAACGCAAUCGAUCGACAUGGACGCGGACAUGGAAUUUGCUGAUAUUCAGCUACCUUCUGCAGCUGCUGAUGAACCAGGACAGGGCGCCAAAAUUGAUCGAUUAAAUACCAGCACUGCUACAUUGACAUCGAUCGGCGGAACUCCCCGCCUCUCUGCUCGGAAGACGCCCAAAUUGGCUGGUAUAAGCACACCGAUGUCUGCUGUUCCUGCGUCUGCUGCUCCUAGUCCGAUUGCAGCCUCGCCCAUGACCGCGUCCACGCCCGGAGCGUUGCUCAAGGGAAGAGCCGAUAGCAAGUCUGGGAGGAGCAGUAAAAAGCGGGCUAGUGUAAGCGGGACAGCAGCGGCUUUAGCAUCUCCAGCUCUACUUCCUCGCAUCAGUCCCAACAUCAAGCCUCUUCUCCCUGAAGGAGCAUCUCUGCACUCACCCACCCACGCGCUCCUACUUGCCUCGAAGUCCAAUUAUCAGAAUCUGCUCGAAGGCAACCAUCUCCCAGUGUCCAAAGACGGGCCACAAAAUAGCAACAGCGACGGCAGCCCGGAGGAUGGCGCCCAUGACGAGUCCAAGGAGUCCAAGGAGGACGCAGCAUUGAAGAGCAACAGCAGUAAAGCCGCCACGGUCGAGUCCGCGAACGAAUACAUCCGCAAAUUGCAGCGGGAGAAUGCUGCGUUGCUGCAGCUCAAGCAGGAGAAUGAAGAAAUGAGGCGCAAGCUAGAGGCGCAGAGCUCUGGUAGUUCUGCUGGCGGUUCUGUCAGCGCGGUGGAGGAAUGA